AAGUGAGAAAACUCAGAUACUUUAGUGAAGUUUCCUCUCACUUUCUCGUGGACGGGUUUCUGCGCGGGGAGCUCCGUGUGAAGGAGAUCGGAGCAGUUUUUAAACUGCCAGCAGCUCCGUUUCUGGACAAAGAUCAUUCCCGUUAACGGAGUCACAGCUGGAACUGAAGGACGAAGGAGACGACGGUUCGACGCAGAGUCGGUGGAAGUUCAGCAGAAGUUCAGCUCUGACUCAUUCCAGGAUCAGUUCAGUUGCGUCUCAGUUGUUUUUCUUCAGACUGCAGAAUCUUCAUCUUCAACUCUUCGGACUGUUUUUAGAAACUAUGAAGGUGUGUGUGUGAGCUGAUGUGGACGUGAAUUCAGCAGAAUGGACCAGUGUGAGGACGGAGAGGACGGAGUCCUUCCCUCUAAAACCUCUCUGUGUGGGGAACAUGAGAGUCGGAGCAAAGCUCAGAGGAAUCAACCUGGACCUGGACCUGGACCUGGACCUGGACCUGGAACUGGACCUGGACCCAGCUGUGUCUCCUUGAAGAGCAACCGAUUAAAAGACUUGAUAGUCUUCUUUGAAGGAGACCAACGUUCUGCUCUAAAGAGGGUCCAUCAGAAAGGAGACGCUCUGGAACAUGAACCCAGCUGUUUGUCCUUGAAGAGCGACGACUCAAAGGGCUGGUUAUUUGACUUUAAAGGAGACCAACGUUCUUCUUCAGAGAGAGUGGACCAGCAGAUCUCAGAGUCCCCCAGUGGUCCGUCUGUCCAGCAGCAUCAGACCCAGCUGGACUCCAUCUUUCAGCUGCUGGAGGACGACAUCGUCAUGUUUGUGAAGGACGAGCUGAAGAAGAUCCAGAAGGUUCUGAGUCCAGAUUACCCAGAAUCCUCAGAGAGUCUGGAGGAGGAUGAAGAUGAAGAGCAGAAGAGCAUCAGAGAGACAUUCAUGAAGAUCACAGUGAAGUUAUUGAGGAGGAGGAAGCAGGAGAAGCUGGCUGACCUCCUGCAGAGCAAUACCGUUGCUGCCGUUUGUCAAUCCAAACUCAAAGAUCAGCUGCAGAAGAAGCACCAGCAUGUGUUUGAGGGGAUCAUUAAAGCCGGAAAGAAAACCCGUCUGCAGCAGAUCUACACGGAGCUCUACAUCACAGAGGGAGGGGCCGGAGAGGUCAACGAUGAACAUGAAGUCAGACAGAUUGAAGCAGCUUCCAGGAAACCAGACGGAGCAGAAACAGCCAUCAGACAGGAAGACAUCUUUAAACCCCCACCUGGAAGAGAUGAACCAAUCAGAACGGUGAUGACGAAGGGAGUGGCCGGCAUCGGGAAAACAGUCCUAACACAGAAGUUCAGUCUGGACUGGGCUGAAGGCAGAACCAACCAGGACAUCCAGUUCCUGCUUCCAUUCACCUUCAGAGAGCUGAAUGUGCUGAGAGAGGAGAAGUUCAGCUUGGUGGAACUUGUUCAUCGAUUCUUCACUGAAACCAAAGGAAUCUGCAACUUCGAAGAGUUCCAGGUCGUGUUCAUCUUUGACGGUCUGGAUGAGUAUCGACUUCCUCUGGACUUCCACAACUCUACAAUCGUCAGUGACCCCAGAAGGUCCACCUCAGUGGACGUGCUGCUGACAAACCUCAUCAGGGGGAACCUGCUUCCUUCUGCUCGUCUCUGGAUCACCACACGACCCGCAGCAGCCAAUCAGAUCCCUCCUUACUGUGUUGACAUGGUGACAGAAGUCAGAGGAUUCACUGACCCACAGAAGGAGAAAUACUUCAGUAAAAGGUUCAGAAAUAAGAAGCAGAGCAGCAGGAUCAUCUCCCACAUCAAGACAUCACGGAGCCUCCACAUCAUGUGCCACAUCCCAGUCUUCUGCUGGAUCACUGCUACGGUCCUGGAGAACGUCCUGGAGAAAGUCCUGGAAACCAGAGAGGGAGGGGGGCUGCCCAAGACCCUGACUGAGAUGUACAUCCACUUCCUGGUGGUCCAGGCCAAAGUGAAGAGGGUCAAGUAUGAUGGAGGAGCUGAGACGGAUCCACACUGGAGUCCAGAGAGCACGAAGAUGGUGGAGUCUCUGGGAAAACUGGCUUUUGAGCAGCUGCAGAAAGGAAACCUGAUCUUCUAUGAACCAGACCUGGGAGAGUGUGGCAUCAAUGUCAGAGACGCUUCAGUGUACUCAGGAGUGUUCACCCAGAUCUUUAGAGAGGAGAGCAGGCUGUACCAGGACCAGGUCUUCUGCUUCAUCCAUCUGAGUGUCCAGGAGUUUCUGGCUGCUCUUCAUGUCCAUCAGAACUUGAUCAACUCUGGAGUCAACCUGCUGGAGGAACAAAGAAACACAGAGACCGACCUCUAUCAGAGUGCUGUGGACAAGGCCUUACAGAGUCCAAACGGACACCUGGACUUGUUCCUGCGCUUCCUCCUGGGUCUUUCACUGGAGACCAAUCAGAACCUCCUACGAGGUCUGAUGGAACCAAACCAAAGAAGUUCACAGAACAAUCAGAAAACCAUCAAAUACAUCAAGGGGAAGAUCAGUGAGGACCUGUCUGCAGAGAGAAGCAUCAACCUGUUCCACUGUCUGAAUGAACUGAACGAUCGGUCUCUGGUGGAGGAGGUCCAAGAGUCCCUGAGGUCUGGACGUCUCUCCACAGAUAAACUGUCUCCUGCUCAGUGGUCGGCUCUGGUCUUCAUCUUACUGUCAUCAGGAGAUCUGGAGGUGUUUGACCUGAAGAAGUUCUCAGCUUCAGAGGAGGCUCUACGGAGGCUGCUGCCGGUGGUCAAAGCCUCCAAGAAAGUUCUACUGAGUGACUGUCACCUCUCAGAGGACAUCUGUCCACUUCUGUCCUCAGUUCUCAGCUCUCAGUCCUCCAGUCUGACAGAACUGGACCUGAGCAACAACGACCUGCAGGAUUCUGGACUGGAGCAGCUGUGUCCUGGACUGGAGAGUCCACACUGUCACCUGGAGUCUCUCAGGCUGUCAGGCUGUCUGAUCUCAGAGGAAGGAAGUUCUUCUCUGGUCUCAGCUCUGACCUCCAACCCCUCCCACCUGAGAGAGCUGGACCUGAGCUACAACCAUCCAGGGGAGUCAGCAGGGAAGCUUCUGUCUAGAGUGGAGGAUCCCCGCUGGAGACUGGACACUCUCAGGGUGGAGCCUGCUGGACAACGAUGGCUGACACCAGGUCUGAGGAAGUAUUCCUGUCAACUCACCGUCGACACAAACACAGUCAACAAGAACAUCAAACUGUCUGAUAACAACAGGAAGAUGAUGCGUGUGGAGGAGGAUCAGUCGUAUCCUGAUCAUCCAGACAGGUUUGAUGUCUAUCAGCAACUGCUGUGUGGAGAAGUUCUGACGGGUCGCUGUUACUGGGAGGUCCAGAGGAGCGGAGCUGUUUGUGUAUCAGUGAGUUACAGAAGAAUCAGCAGGGGAGGAGGCUCUGGUGACUGUGAGUUUGGAGGAAACGAUCAUUCCUGGAGUCUGAUCUGUUCUCCAGGUGGUCAGUACCGUGUCCUUCACAAUAACAGAGUAACAUCCACCACCUCCUCAUCUCCACGUCCAGACUCUGGCAGAGCAGCAGUUUACGUGGACGUUCCUGCUGGAACUCUGUCCUUCUAUGAAGUCUCUGUCUCUGACAGACUGAUCCACCUCCACACCUUCAUCACCAGCUUCUCUGAACCGCUCUGUGCUGGAUUUACAGUCUGCUGGUCCAGUUCUGAUUCCUCAGUGUCUCUGUGUCCAGUUUAGUCUUCACUGGACCGACAACUUUCACAUGCUCAUCCAUUUUCACUUCUCCGCUACUAUUAUUAUCUGAACUAAUUAAAAUAAAAUCUAAGUACAAUUCGAUUAUGACACUUGAUUCCAAAUGUAAUUUUUCAACAAAUUGUAGUAUUUUCUCCUAAAACGUGGUUUAGCGGUUAAUAAAGCAUCCAGUUAUCAAAUGUUCAUAAACAGACAUAACUGUGCUGGCGUCUGAUUUA